UCAUGAAACCCACAUAGCCCCCACGCAAAAAGGGAAAACAAAAUCCGUUCUUAAAUCGAUUCAAACCAGAUCUGAUUCGAGCUUUGUUGAGCGAAAAUGGAAGAGGAUUUGAUUAAGCGCCUUGAAGCUGCGGUUACGAGGCUUGAAGGGAUCUCAAGCAACGGAGGAGGAGGAGGAGGAGUUGUUUCUCUUUCCCGCGGAGGAGAUUUCUCCACCGAUGUCGCUUCAUCCGAUCCUUCGAUUCUGGCUUACGAAGAUCUGAUUUCUCAAUGCGUUGGUAGGGCUUUGAGUGCUGCUGAGAAGAUCGGUGGACCUGUUCUAGAUGUGACGAAGGUUGUCGCCGAAGCAUUUGCUUCGCAAAAGGAGCUGCUUGUUCGCAUCAAGCAAACUCAGAAGCCUGACCUUGCUGGAUUGGCUGGAUUUCUCAAGCCGUUGAAUGAUGUUACAAUGAAAGCUAAUGCAAUGACUGAAGGAAAAAGGUCGGAUUUUUUCAAUCACUUGAAGGCUGCAUCCGAUAGUUUAUCUGCAUUGGCUUGGAUUGCUUUCACUGGCAAAGAUUGUGGUAUGAGCAUGCCUAUUGCUCAUGUGGAAGAAAGUUGGCAAAUGGCCGAGUUUUACAACAAUAAGGUUCUGGUGGAGUACCGUAACAAAGACGCUGAUCAUGUGGAAUGGGCUAAAGCCUUAAAAGAACUUUACUUACCUGGUUUAAGGGAUUAUGUUAAAAGUCACUACCCCUUGGGACCUGUGUGGAAUGCAUCAGGGAAACCUGCUAGUGCUCCUGCCAAGGCUCCACCCGGUGCUCCUGCUCCUCCACCAGCUCCUCUCUUCACUUCUGAAUCUUCAAAGCCAUCAUCCUCGUCGAACCAGAAACAAGGGAUGUCUGCUGUUUUCCAGCAGCUCAGCUCGGGUGCUGUGACCUCAGGUCUUAGAAAAGUGACGGAUGAUAUGAAGACAAAGAACCGUGCUGAUAGAUCUGGAGCUGUUAGUGCCAUUGAGAAGGAAACUCGUGCCACUAAACCAGCCUUUUCAAAAACUGGACCACCGAAAAUGGAACUUCAAAUGGGUCGCAAGUGGGCUGUUGAGAACCAAAUUGGGAAGAAGGACUUGGUUAUCAGCGAGUGUGAUUCCAAACAGUCGGUGUACAUAUUUGGUUGCAAAGAUUCCGUCUUGCAGAUACAAGGAAAAGUGAAUAACAUCACCAUUGAUAAAUGCACCAAAAUGGGUGUUGUUUUCACGGAUGUUGUUGCUGCAUUUGAGAUUGUGAAUUGCACCAACGUAGAAGUGCAAUGUCAGGGUUCAGCUCCCACAGUUUCUGUGGACAACACAACUGGCUGUCAGUUAUAUCUAAACAAAGACUCAUUAGAGACAGCUAUAACAACAGCUAAAUCGAGUGAGAUCAAUGUAAUGGUGCCUGGUGCUACCCCUGAUGGAGAUUGGGUGGAACAUGCGCUGCCUCAACAGUACAACCAUGUGUUCACGGAAGGGAAGUUUGAGACAACACCGGUGUCGCACUCAGGUGCCUAAGCCAAGGAGAAUCUAUUUUCACUCUGGGUUUUGCUUGACCUUUUUUACAUACUCAGUAUAUUUGGUUUCUUCAGAUUAUUAUAGAGGAGAGAAUUUGUUUGUUUGUUUGUUGGCUUUGUCUGUGUCUACAUCCCCUAAUUUUGGGGUUUGGAGGUUCGUUGGCGUUUUGAUUUAUGUGAUCUGAUCAUCCUGUGUUUUGUUCGUCUUUGGAGUUUUGGAUUUGGGGUUUCUCUGUUUCUGCGCUUGUUCUGAGUCAUUUCCGGGUGACAUUCCGCAAGAAUCAAACCAUGAAUAGUAAAAAAGUUGCAAAUCCUAUUUUUCGGAAUUUGCAAUUACUUUAUAUGAUUAUUCAACCUUUUUGGGUUUUGUUUCGUUA